UCGAGCAGUCGUGUGUGGAAUCCGCGGUUUGUGUAAGGUGGUGUCGUGUAUGAUAAUCAUAUCUUGUGAGAGUGUUAUUGGUAAUGCAUCGUCCUGGGGGUCCCAGAGAUCACCGACGUCGUCUCUCCUGUGCCCUCUAACGCCGACCACUCAGGAGGCAACCCGACCCCGUCCAGAUGCCGCUCAGCGAUGGUGGUCAGAAUGGCAGGAAUGGAUGAUCACGACAGGAAAAUCGUCAUAGAAUUUUGUCACUUGCUGGAGAAGUCCAAACAGCUAUUCAACGGGCUGAGAGACUUGCCGCAGUAUGGUCAUAAGCAGUGGCAAGCCUACUUCGGUCGGACAUUUGAUAUCUACACCAAACUUUGGAAAUUUCAACAACAGCACAGACAAAUACUUGAUACAAAAUAUGGUCUCAAGAGAUGGCAGAUAGGUGAAAUUGCUUCAAAAAUAGGCCAACUCUACUACCAUUACUAUUUAAGAACAAGUGAAACAAACUAUCUGAAUGAAGCUUAUUCAUUCUAUGCAGCAAUCCGGGGGCGGGCAUACUACUCAAGAGCUUCAAAAGAAGAUAGGUAUGACAAGAGAAAACAAAGGUCUGACUUGAUGGUCAAGAAGCUGCGAUAUUACGCUAGGUUUAUUGUCGUCUGUUUGUUGCUCAAGAAGAUGAAAUUAGUGAGAGAUCUUGUUAUGGAAUUAGACAAACAAAUUGUAGACUACACGAGUACUUAUGAGCCGGAUGAUCAGCUGGAGUGGUCGCUAGUUCUGGAGGAAAUCAAGAGCUUCAUCAAGGCGGACGGGAUCGUACAAGUCCUCCACGCGGACUCUAACACCAUUGUGUUGUCUCACAGGUUAAGUCCAUUAACAACUCCACCUGUAGAACGAACAACUAUGAUGAACUUGACUCUACAAGAAAUAUUAAUCAUUGGUAACUGCAAUGAUCAGGUCAAGUUCAGUGAGCUCACCAUGGACAUGUUUAGAAUGCUACAAACCCUGGAGAGAGAGCCUCAGGACGAGUUCAACCACAUCUACGAUGCGUCACCUGCCCCGGGAAGAGUGCCUUUUGAAAAAAGCUAUUCAGUGACUAGUACGAAAGGAGGGGUCGGCUAUCCUGUAGUGACGGGGUGUCAGGAGAACGGAGACCGUCCUCUCAAGAGAGAGAAUCCUCACAAGUACUUGCUCUACAAGCCUACCUUCAGUCAGGUCAUGGUGUUCUUGGCCUCAGGGUUCAAAGAGCUGCCUGCCAACGGAGCACUGCUGCUGUACAUCUCUGCAGACGGCUGUUUCUCGUCCAACAAACAUGCGGAGGACAUGGGCUACGACCUGGGUGGAGUAAUCACUAGCAGUAAAAGGGAGAGUGACCAUGCGAACAAGAAAGGGAUGCAUCUCAAGGAAAUGCAUUGUCUGUAUCCAGGAGAUCUGUACCCGUUCACAAGAAAGCCAUUUUUCAUAAUCGUAGACUCGGACAAUAGCUUUGUAUUCCAAAACAUCCCCAGAUACUUUGGACAGCCGAUGGUUGUGCUCAUGUCGCCUCAAGAUGUUCCGCCAAACUAUCAAGACCAUCAGCACAACGGCAGCCUGUUCACAUUGUUCCUGCACAGUCCGCUGACAGCGUUCUGUUUCAUCUGCAAUAUCCUGACUGUGCCGAUCCACCACUGGGAGCGCUGCCAGUCCUUCAUAGACAGAUUCGUCACCGAAGCCAGCAGACUGUUUGGACGUAGUAGAAUAGACCCAGCAUAUCUUCAAUUCUUUGGAGACGAUUUCUUAAGAUUACUGCUAUUGAGAUUUGUCUUCUGUCACGUCGUCCUACAUCUUCAUAGAUCAUUCAAGGGAAGGCAGCUGAGACCGCGGUGUCAGCCACCAUUGCCAGACGCCGACCUGCUAGAACAUCCGGCCCUGCAACAUCUGGUGCUGGAUCUGGCGUCACACCUUGAGGUGCGGAGUCACUUUGAAGGCAACGAGAUGAUGGAUUGACUCACAGAUAUCUCGCAGUUUGUCCAUACCUCCGAUGUUCUCAUUGUUACUUUAUCUAGUAUUUGGCUAAUGGAGAUUACGCUUUUUUGUACCUUUUCAGUUGAUGUAACAAAGCGAAAACAUGACAUUGAGAUGAUUCAUCUAUCUAACCUUGCUGGCGUAAGAUUUUCUUGAUCAUAAUAAGUCUAGAUAUAGUAAAAUAAUGAGAGAAAGGAAUUGGCUUGAAAUGUCUAUUUUGUUUGUGGAUGAGGUUAAACAAUUACAAAACAAAAACAAAUUCAGAAACAUAAGCUGAUUAAUAAUGUAUCCAAAUUUUAUGUUUCUAUAAAUUUGUUUAGUAAGUGUGGUAUUGUAUGCCUUUUAAUAUAACUGAAAAUUUAUAGCUUAGAAAAUAAACUUUUUUUCUGAUAACUAGACACUAGACAAGAAUAAUAUUGAAAAAUAAUUUAUACUUACAAAAACUUUUUAAACAGUGUAUACAUCUAAUAAUGGCAAAAAAACUAAAUCCUGACAAAAUUUAAUCUUCUUCAAUCACGAUUACCAGAUAAUGUUUGUUACCUAUUACUAAUUUGAAACAAAAACAUAAAAGAGUUGAUAAAAACAUAGAAUUUUGAGUAUUUCGACAAACGCUCCACAAUUUGGUUUAAACCCUACAAUAAACAUAAUCUGUAAAAUAUAUCUCGCAAUAUAGCUUUUAUAAAAAUUAUAUUUCAACUUUAUUCUUUGUUGAAUUUGGGUAAUCAUUUUUUUCUAAAUGGUGAUGGGUGAUGGAUGGCACUUGAAUAAGUAAAAUAUUUUGAAGAUCUCUUUGCUCAUUUGUCCUUAACAUGAAGUCGGUCUGUCAUGCCCGUAAACUGUUUAGUCUUAGUAACAAAAGACAAAAACAAAAACUUGUUAUGAUUAAAAAUGCUAGAGAAUUAUAAGCAGUCUGUACAUUCCAGAUUUCCUUCCUUAAAAAUUGUUUAGCUACAGUUUCGAAACCAUAGAAAUCUUGUGCAAAAUGCUGUAUAAUCUGCUUUGUUUGAACAUAUCUUUAAAAUAUCACUCUCGACUCUUAAUAUUUUACUAAGCUGUAACUUAAAAGCCUCAAAUUAUGAUCUUUGAUUUUUAUUAGUAACACAACUUGAAACGUUUUAAUUUUAUUAACUGUGCAAAAUGUAAAUGCAUUACUUUACAAAGCAAAACAUUUAUUUAAGUAAAAAAAGUACUUUAAAACAAUUUAGACAAUAUAUGUACCUAUGUUAUUUAAAGAAUUGUAUACUUUAUAGUUUAAUUAUUGUGUCUAUUAUCAAACUACAAUAUUAUCAAGACCAGUAAAAUAAUGGAUUUUAUUUUGGGGAAAGGUGUGACAGUCUACCAAAUCAUACCCCAAUUGAUUCAAAUUCGCCUUUAUAGUGUACAUUUUAGUUACUUAACUUUUUCUUUAGAUUUUCAGGUAUAAAAAUUGUUGCUCGUAAAUUAUUAAAUUUAAACUUAACCACAGUAGAGGCUGAUUAUCCAACCCAACCUUAUGGAUCUGUUGAAGACAAUUUUAGGGUUUUUUCGGUUUUGUCAGAGAGUGCUUUGUUUUUAAUAUUUAUUUAUUCUCAUUCAAGCAAGUAUAAAAACAUUUUUUGACUACAUAGAUCAUUGUGUUUUUACAGAAUAGAGCUAAUAUGCAACCGACUGAAACACUUAUACAUAAAUAAAUAAUUAAAAUGUGUUAACACUAAAAACAAAUACUCCAUACCAUAUGAAAAACGUAAAGUUGUGUAGCAUCCAAGAGAAGAAUCAAAAGGUUAACUCAGGAAAAAGUAAUCAAACAACUUUAUAUUUGUUGACCCUUUAACUAUGGUUUGUGCCUUUAGGAGACUCUUUAUAGAAAAAUAUUUUUCAGGGAAGACCUCAUUGAAGUAUGCAGUUGAUAGGAGUGUGUCUUGUGGUUUUCCUACAAGUUUCUGAUCCUUAUUGUCUUUAUAUAUUGGUACUAAAUCAAUUAUUAUCCUCCAAUGUAGUCUUUAACUAUUAAGAUCUUGUCAAACGUUUUACAAGUAUUUUUACUCCUUUAUUCUAACAAACACAGACGUUCUUCUUCUCAUGGGGAUCAAUAGUCUGUGUAAAAACAGCUCUUUUGGGGUAUGAGGAUUGGCACAUGUCACAGCAAACAUGUUAAGGCUAAGUUUGAGUUAAUUUAGUAGGGUUUGUAGUUUAUAACAUGGUUACUACUGAAAGCCUUACAAGAAAGAGAUCUGUAGUAAAUCCAAUACAGAAUAUUUUAUAACUAAGACAACUCUAGAACGUUAUGUCAUGUGAAUAAAGUCAUCAAGUGUUUACGCUCAUGUUAAUGUAAAAUACUUCACAUUUAGGUUUUUUUAGCGUUGAAACUUAUUCUAUAUAGCGAAACUGCUUUAAAUUCAUAUCCCUGUGCAUAAUUUUUCACAUAAUAGUAAAUAGUUCUAGUUAUAAAAGGGAGAAUAGGAAGUGUACAUACAUGGUCAGCAUCGUCUGUUGACAAAGAACAAGUCUAGAACGAGAUCAAACUUAAACUUCAGCUCGUCUGGAGAGAGGUAUAGAGGUGUUUUCGGCCUCAAUCGAGUCAAUAUUUAAAUAAAAAAUUGACUUCUUUAAAGCUUUAAUUUUUCGACACUACUAUAAUACUGUACAAAUAUUAUACUAACAGGUUGUAAAAUGAAUGCUAGGGUUCAAAUUAUCGAUACUAUAUUUAUACAAUAUACAUAAUAUAUAAAUAUAUACAUAUAUAAAUAUUUAUAAAUAAUAUAUCGAAGCUUUCUGUGUGGUGUUUCUCCUAAGCUGGCCAAGUCUUUGCUUGUUGAAAGGUCGGAAAACAUUUUGUCAAACCACUGCCAAUAUCUGUUUUGAGAGAAUUACUGCUACAUUCGUCGAGUCUCAGUAUAACUGUGGAAAAUUGUUUUGAUGCGCAUCAUACUAUUGAAGAUUAUUUGUAAAAAGAUCAUUAUAUAAUUAAUAUUCUGUUAACUAAUUAUUCCCAGGAUGGAUUGUUACAUUUUUUGAUUUACAACAUAUCAAUUAUUUAUCAUAACUAAAAUAUUAAACAUACAAAUUCAGUCAGUUUUUAGGGUACAUUUUGUGCCAUCUUGUAACAAUGAAGAGUGUAGCAUUAGUUCUCCAGCAGCCGAGCUAUAAUUAAUUGCUAGAGAGUGAACUUGGGUUUAUCAUCUCACUUCAGUGUCCGUCUCUUGAAUAUGUUACAUUCUCAAUACUGAUACAGUACCUCUAAUGAAUGUUGAUGUAUUGGAAACUUAAAGAAACAAUACAUGUCUCUUUUCCUAUUGAUCUAUACGUUUUAUUGUGUUGAAAUGUAACCUAAACAAAACGGCUUCAUUUAUGUAAUCAUGCUAAUCGUAUAUCAGUUCCCUUGGAGACGAACACCGAUGCCCAAGUUCUCUUACAAGAUCUACUGUCUGAACAUUCUCAAUUUGUAUUAUAAAGUUUCACAAUGAUUUCGAGCAUGAAAUCUCCCAUGUAUAUAUCAUAAUGUAAAAUUAUAAUUGAUUUUGACUAAUACUUAAUUUCACUCAAAAUGUUAUUAAACAUUAUUUUUGAAUCUUAGAAUUUUUAUAUUUGGUAAAUUCAUCUGUAUCGUUUAAUGUUGAGGAUUUUGUGUGUUUUAAUAUUAGUAAUCAUUGAAAUCUUUGUGGUGCGUUUCAGAUAGUUUCACUAAUGUAAAUAUUUCAUUUAUUAGUGUAUUCUAGACUCACUAGUUUUUUGACAUUCCUUGUUUAACAUUGAACAAUAAAGUGAUAUCUCCAUUAAUAUUGUUUGUAACACCAAAGUAAGGUUAUAUUUGUAUUUUUUUAUAAUUUAGACAUAGUUUUGGAUAAUUAUUUUGUUAUUUAACAUGUAUUUUGAAAAUUUGUAAAU